AUGCCAGCCCCCAUCGUCGGCCGCGCCAUCCGCUGGGGCAUCAUGGGCAGCGGGCGCAUCGCCAGCGACAUGACGCGCGUGCUCACGCAGCUGCCCAACACGGAGGUCGUCGCCGCGGGCUCGCGGAGCGCCGAGACGGCGGAGCUCUUCGCGGGCCGCUUCGGCAUCCCCACGGCCCACGGGUCCUACGCGGCGCUCGCCGCGGACGCGGACUGCGACGUCGUCUACGUCGCGACGCCGUCGAUGCGCCACGUGCAGGACAGCAUCAUGUGCCUCGAGGGCGGUCGCGCGGUGCUCUGCGAGAAGGCCAUGGCGCCGUCCGCCGCCGAGGCGACGCGCGUGCUCAACGUCGCGCGGGAGAAGGAGCUCUUCUUCCUCCACGGCGUCUGGAGCCGCUUCUUCCCCGCGAUGGCCGCGAUCCGCGACGCGAUCCGGUCCGGCGCCAUCGGCGACGUCGUCAGCGCGCACGCGUCCUUCGGCCAGGACGACGGCGCGGGCCAGGCGAGCGCGACGCUCGAGACGGGCAUCUACUGCGCGCAGUUCCUCCAGUGGGCCAUGGACGGCGACGCGCCGGAGUCCAUCGAGGGCGUCGUCGCCGAGCUCCACAAGGAGAGCGGCCUCGACCAGCACGUCGCCGCGCUCCUCCGCUUCCCGGGGAACCGCGUCGGCACGCUCGAGUGCAGCCUCAAGAACCCGACGGCGCGCGUCGGCGUCGUCAACGGCACCAAGGGCGUCAUCCGCGUGCCCUUCCCGUUCUGGUGCCCGACGGAGUUCUCCCUCCAGCGCAUGUCGGGCCUCGGGUCCCAGGACUUUGGGCCGGAGACGAAGCGGUCCUUCCCGCUGCCGGACAUCGAGGGCGACUUCAACUACGUCAACUCGCAGGGCCUCGCCUACCAGGCCGAGGAGGUCAACCGCUGCCUCGCGGAGGGCCUGACGCAGACGCCCAAGUUCGACGCGCGCGAGUGCUUCUCCGUCAUGCAGGUCCUCUCCGACAUCCGCAACCGCGCGGGCGGCGACGAGGCCAUCCAGGCCGCCAAGGACAAAAAGACGAUCCAGGGCAGCGGCUACUCCUAG